GCAAGGUUAGGAAAGCUAGAACCAUGAAAGAUAGGAUGAGUCUGCGACCGAAUAAUGUACCUCCAACAGCAUGGCGUCUCUUUGUCAAAGCCAAGACUAGUAACGCCUUCAAGGUAUUCACUUAGUUGUCUUUGUUUAUUGGCCUGUAGAAUACUCACUUUUUUUUUCAUUCUAAUUCAGGUUGUAAGUGAUUCAUUUAAGGCAAGAAGGAAGAAGCAGAUACCUCACACUUGUGGGCGUAAAGGAAUGGUCAGAUUGAGAGAAGAAUUGGUAAAGAGUAGCUCAGAACCAUCUAAGAUCACAAGGCUAAAAGUUUGGGUCAAGUCGCGUACUAGGAAGGAUGGUACGCCUGUAAAUAUUACUGCUGCUGAAAAGAUUGUAAGUAUUGACUUUACCUAUCAGUAUGAUUUUAGAAAUUGGAUAUCCUGCUUGGUCCACCUUAUGAUCUGUAAUUGUGUUUGCAGCAAAAGGCAAAAGAGAUAGACACUGAAAGUCUUAAUGAUUCAACGACAACGAAUCCAAAGGAAGAUAUGCUUACACAGAUUUUGGGACCUGAUAAUCCUGGAAGAUUGAGAGCAAUGGGUAGAGGUAUGAGCUUGACAAAAUUGGCUUGUUUCCAAGUCAAGAGCAAAUGUAUGGCUGCAAUGGAAGAAAAGCAGAUUCGUUUGCAGAAAAAGGUUCAUGAGUUAGAGCAGAUCUUAUUACAGAGACAAGGGUCUGACAUCGGUGAAAACUCGAUUCAUAGAAGUGUAAACACCAAAUCACUUCCCAAGUGUUAUUUGGUUGACUGGUCCUGUCCUGAUGAGAAUGUCGCUGAGGGACGUGUUGUUUCUUAUGAUGAGGAUGAGUUGGUGAAUGGAAUUCCUUUAGGGCCUAACUCUGUCAAGGUUUUAGUUGAAUUAGUUACUAAACCAGAAGCAUUUCUCUGGAGACCUGCACCUGACAUGUUUACUCUUGAGGAUGCACUUGGCGAAAUGGUUGCAUGGGAUGCUGAUUACUGUAUUGUUCCAACUGAUGGUAGUAUACCAGAAGACAUAGCACCUAAGAGCCCUGGCACAAGUAUAAGGAACAAAUGCAAACUCAUGGAUUAUAGUACGAAUGAUCAAGUGAUCGCUGAAGGUCGAUUUCAGACUCGAUAACCUAAAGCGUUGGUAAAUGGACUUCCUCUUGGUCCAAAUGUAAUGAAGGUAUAUGUGGAUGUGGUAGUAAACCCUAAGGCAUAUCUAUGGAGGCCUACAGUUAACAUGAGAAAUGUGGAGGAUUCUUUGAACUGUUUUGUAGCAUGGCCUGCAAAUAGAGUUGUGAUGGAGACAACUCCAGAAUCUCCUCCUCUUCAACCAUCUACAUCUAAAGCAUCAAGUACAGGUUAUCAGAAUGAGAAGUCUCCAGUAACUCCAAAAGCUCCUGUAAAGAAACCAGCAACAACUUUGAAAGCGGCGCGCGCAUCUCCUCGUCGUAAAUUGCAGGUACUUUCUUUUAAAUUUACUGUGUUACAUGAUUGAUGGUUGGGCUGUUGACUUUGAUAAACAUGAUUGAUUGUGGUUUGUUGUUUUAAUUGUUUGUCUGGUUGUUUGUUGGUUGUCUUUGUAGCCUGUUGCAUUCAAGGAAAAUCAAAAAUGUAAGUUGAUAGAUCUGAUCAGAAAGAACCACGUCGUUGCUGAAGGACGUUGGUCAUCGAAUAAUCCUGCCAGUGUUGUCCACUUUGUACCUUUGGGCCCUAAAGCAUGUCGAGUCUGGGUGGAUGUUGUCAAGGAUAAAGAUGCUGCAGUUUGGAGACGAUCUUCUGAGAUCGAGUGUAUGGAAGAUGCAUUUGGAACCUCUAUUGCAUGGCCAGAAGAUAAAGUGGAACCAUUAAUGGUGAGAUUUGUAAUCAUUAAUUUGCUGUGAUUCAUUUUACCUAUGUCAUACUAAUCUAAGAUAUUUUUGUUUUCAGGAGUGAACUCAAUUGCUUAAUCUGAACUGAUGAUGGAAUGAAAUAUGUUUUCUGCUUUUAAUUAAGUUUAGCUAUGUUUGAGAACUUGAUAAAGACUUUCUGUUUUGUUUAUGAACUGGUUUGAUGUAUGUUUACAUGUUCUCUUUUAGAGUUCAUGAUGUAUGUGUACACUUUGUAUGCUUUGGAUCUUAAAUGAAAAAGCAUUGCUGUUUUAUGAUUUUUUGUUUCACAAUAGGUUUUUAUAAAUCCCAGAAUUGAUCGAAUAGGUGCACAAUUUUGGCAGCCAAAUAACUGUAUUCAACAACAUUGUAAUCGUGUCAUAAUAAAAUAUUCUAUGGCACUAAUAAAAAGCCAUGACAUAUUAUAGAGUGGCACGAAACAAGUGCUAGAAUAACUUAUACAAUAGCAUAUGAUACUUGCUAUAAUAGGUUCAUUUUCCAUAGCAUUCAAAAAAAUGCUAUCAUAUGGGGUGAGGCUAUUAUAGCUCCUUCUGUCAUAGCGUUCAUGAAAACGCUACAAAAUCGAUAUAGUAGUGUUUUUAGUGUACUAUCAAUGACCGAAUUUCUUGU